AUGCUGGCGUCGGCGGCUGAUGUCAAGGAGUACACCGUCCGUGAUGCCCUGAACGAAGCACUGGCCGAAGAGCUUGAGGCUGACUCUAAAGUCUUCAUACUGGGCGAAGAAGUCGCUCUUUACAACGGUGCAUACAAGGUCACGAAGGGCUUGUUGGAUAGAUUCGGACCUGAUCGGGUUAUCGAUACUCCAAUUACAGAAUCAGGGUUUGCUGGUCUUGCCGUUGGAGCUGCGCUUGCGGGGCUCAAACCAAUCACGGAAUUUAUGACCUGGAACUUUGCUAUGCAAGCGAUUGAUCAAAUCAUCAACUCUGCUGCCAAGACCCAUUACAUGAGCGGAGGAAUCCAACCUUAUUUCACCCAAGACUAUACGGCCUGGUACGGUUCGAUCCCAGGGUUGAAAGUAGUGAGCCCAUGGAGUUCCGAAGAUGCAAAGGGCUUGCUGAAAGCCGCUAUCAGAGAUCCGAACCCUGUCGUUGUUCUCGAGAACGAGCUACUCUACGGACAAUCGUUCCCAAUGAGCGCUGCCGCUCAGAAGGAUGACUUUGUUAUUCCGUUCGGGAAAGCGAAGAUCGAACGGGUUGGAAAAGACAUCACCCUUGUUUCUCUGUCUCGUUGCGUCGGACAAUGCUUAACUGCCGCCGAGAAGUUAAAAUCAGAGUAUGGAGUCGAGGCCGAGGUUAUCAAUCUCCGAUCUAUAAAGCCAAUGGACGUCGAGGCGAUCGUGAAGUCGGUCAAGAAGACUGGUAAUUUGAUCGCCGUGGAGAGUGGAUUCCCAAGCUUCGGUGUUUCGAGUGAAAUUUUGGCCCUUUCGAUGGAGUACAUGUUUGAUUAUCUAGACUCACCGGCGCAGAGAAUUACGGGAGCUGAGGUUCCUACUCCAUACGCUCAGGGGCUAGAGGCUAUGUCGUUCCCCGACGAAGACCUUAUCUUUAGGAAAGCUGCGCAACUGUUGCGUGUAUAA